UGUGAAUUGACUUCAGCCCUGGCAACGGGCCGGAUACUUUUUUUCACGCUGUGUCAUUGUGCGAUUCAGACGUAAUCCGACCGAAAUCUAAUAUUCCUCUAUUCGACUUUUUUUUUCUGAUUGCAUAAGGUUUCAAACGACAAGCUUUCGAACAUGUCCUGUGGUAAUGAGCAUGUGCAGCAGGAGAAGUACACGCCGGCAAACCAACAGCCGAUCUACAUACACAUACCGCGCUCCAGGAUCAUCAUACUGAAGCUGGGCAAACAGUAUCGUCGCCUCUAUUUGGACGUACAGCCGACAACGAUGGCUGAGCGUCGCGCCCGGCUGGCGGAGGCGCAGAGGGCGGCGGCAAUUGUGCGCCAAGUUAAUCCGAAGCCCAAAUAUGUGGUGACGGUGAUAAUUGGCCCCACCGAGGUGCAGUGCGAUCUGGAGCUGUUGCAGCACAAUUGCGAUUUCUUUGCGCGCGGCAAGCACGGCAUGGCCUACGGCCUGCCCGCCUGCGAUGUCAGUCUCGAGGCCUUUAUGAUCAUAUACAAGUGGAUGGCGAAACCGAACGAGGUGGUGCUGCCGCCGAUGCUGAUGAGCGUCUUUAAGGCGGCCAUGUAUCUGAAGAUUCAGGUGCUGAUCGAUCAGUUUAUGGUCGAGUUUCGGGAUCCGUAUACGGCGCGCGAGGAGAUCGGCUUUCACAUGUUCUUCGGUCUGCACAAGCUGAACGUCUAUGUGCCCUUUCGCAAGACGUUGCGCGUCCACAAGUAUUUCCUCACGCUGAUCGGCACCAAGGACUUUCUCAAUCUGUGGCCCAAUGCGCUCGUCUCGCUGCUCGACUCGCCCAACAUAUGCGUCAACUCCGAGGUGGAGGUUCUGAUCGCUGUCAUACUCUGGCUCCAUCAUGACUAUCAGGCGCGCUGCUCCCACACCGAGCAGCUGCUCGGCUGCGUUCGGUUCGAUAGCAUUCCUUUGGAGGCGCUGCUCCAGCUGCGGCAGCACACCUCCAUCAAUGGACUGGGCCGGCUGCUCUUUCGGCCGGAGAUCGAGAUGUUUCUGAAGCGUGCCCCCUCGCAUAACAACAAUAUACGCUAUUGCAAUCGCCGCAUCUGGGUGUACGAUCAGCUCUGCGAAUAUCAUCAUGACGCGCAUUGCCCCAAGCGCAACUUUAUCACGCUCGGCCAGUUUAAGGCGUUUCAGUUGGCCCUGCGCAACGCGCCCGAUCUGCACUGGUGGCAUCGCCAUCAGCUGAAUCCCUAUGUGCACAAUUGUCGCCACGAGAAGUGCCGCCGCCUAUCCGGACCGCAUGGUCGUCGAUAGGCCGAUGACGGAUGAUGCCCUGGUUGAAAGGAUUCGCCAUAUACCCCCAUAUACGUGCUUCGUCCUUUGAAUGGAUCCAACAUGAUAUCAUAUCGCAGCAUCACAUAUUUCAAUUCAGUUUUGGAUUUGUGGCGAGCACCUAACCUCACUCUAACAUAUUUAUUUUGGACACAACUGUACUAAAUUGUUUCAACAAAAAAAAAAAAAAAAAAGCUGUUAAAACUUGAGUUCCUGCCAUGCGAAUGCCUUCCAUGGCAAUUGUGAACGCAAGUCUCACAGCUUGACGACAAUUUCUUUUGGAAAAACUUGUCCUGCGCUUAACUAAAUGUUCGAUAUGAACAAAUGGAUUGUUCCAAGCCAAAACUAACAGAAAUUUUAAAGAAUAUAAUAAAUGGCAGGGCCUCUUCCAUUGAGGAAUGAGACAAAA